AUUCACAUAAUCAUAAACACAGAUCUAAUUAUCUUUGAGCAAUUAACUCAGUUCUGUUUAUAUUCACAUAAUCAUAAGCAUCAAACAAACUUAUCAGUCCACAAAACAAUGUCUUCUUCAGGCGUUCACCUAGAAAAGUUUCUAAUCCCACUAGAGGAGAUCCAUUCAGCCACCAAAUACUUCGGUUAUGAUAAUAUGUUACAAAUUGAAGGAUUUAGUGAGAUCUACACAGGACAACUCUCAGAACGCUGGCAAAAUCGUGUAGCUUCCUUCAAACGCUUAAGACUUGGGUUUUAUAACGAGGUUGAGAUGAUGUCGACGUUUAACCACAAAAACAUCAUCCGUUUCAUUGGCUAUUGUGAUGAAGAUAACGAGUUGAUUAUGGUGUCCGAAUAUGCAAUCAAUGGAAGCCUCGAUCAACAUCUUCAAGACCCCAAUAAGAGACGUUCCCUAACAUGGGCACAACGUCUUAAGAUUUGCUUAGGGGUAGCAACAGGACUCAACUACCUUCACUCAGGUCUUGGUGAGCACAACAUAAUAGUACACAGAGACAUCAAAAGUGCAAGCAUAUUGUUAGACGAUAAUCUUGAAGCAAAAAUAUGUAGUUUUGGUUUGUCAAUAUGUGUGGAUCGAAAUCAGCCACAAGUGUAUCAAGGUGUUGCACAUACCACAGUUUACAUGGAUCCCAAUUAUAAUUAUAGUAGCAUGCCCAGGGUUGAAUCGGAUGUUUACUCAUUUGGGUGGGUGCUUUUUGAAAUAUUGAGUGGGAUGUUGGCUUAUGGGAGGAGAACUGGUGAUAAUAAACGACAAUCACUUUCAAUGUUGGUUCAACUCUACUUUGGUAAUAAAGUGGAUAACUUAAUCGAUCCUUAUAUGAGAGAUCAUAUUAAUAUGCAUUCAUUCCAUAUAAUUAAGGAUAUUGCGGGUCAAUGCAUUAGACAAAAAGAUCGCCCAUCGAUAAACAUGAUCAUCAGGAAGAUUGAGGAAGCAUUGCAUAUUCAAAACCAUGGAGUUGCUUCAACCAGUACCAUAAGAAGCGACCAACAAGAUCAAAGCUUAGAAAGUUUUUUUAUUCCACUAAAUGAUAUCAUCAUUGCAGCCAAAAACUUUGAUCCUAAAUCUCAGGUCGGAGACGGUGGAUUUGGUGAGGUUUACAAAGGACAACUCUCUGAACGCUGGCAAAACUCUAUAGUUGCCAUAAAACGUCUUAAUCGCGAAGGCCACCAAGGAAAAAACGAGUUUCUUACUGAGAUUAAGUUGAUUUCGAGGUUCCACCAUGAAAACAUCAUCCCAUUCGUUGGUUAUUGUGAUGAAAAGAAUGAGAUGAUUUUAGUUUACAAGUAUGCCAGCAAUAGUAGCCUUGAUCAACAUCUUUACGACCCAAAUAGGAGACGUAACCUAACAUGGGCACGACGCCUCAAGAUUUGCUUAGGGGCAGCAAGAGGACUAAACUACCUUCACUCGUGUUUAGGGGAGCACAAUAGAGUAAUACAUAAAGAUGUGAAGAGUGGAAACAUAUUACUAGAUGAAAAUAUGGAAGCUAAAAUUUGUGAUUUUGGUUUGUCAAAAGAAGGGCCAAGAAAUCAGCAAUAUACACAAAUGUAUACAAAAGCUGCGGGUACCAAUUUCUACAUGUGCCCCAUUUAUCGUGAAAGCAAUAUCCUUCGUAAGGAGUCAGACGUGUACUCAUUUGGGGUAGUGUUGUUUGAAAUGUUAAGUGGGAUGUUGGCUCAUCACCGAAGGGACUCUGGAGAUGGCAACCCUCAAAUUCUUAUAAGUCUUGUACGACGCUAUUUUAAGGAAGGACUUGACCGAUUAAUUGAUCCACUUAUAAAAGAUCAAAUUGAUAGUCGUUGCUUUCGUACAUUUAAAGAUAUUGCACAUCAGUGCAUAAGCUACAAUAUAGAAGAACGCCCUACAAUGGACAAAAUUGUCGAGGGGAUUGAGAAUGCAAUGAAUUUUCAAGGACGUGAAAUGUAAAAGGAUGAUAAGCUCAGAACUUGUAGCUAUAUGUAGCCUGUUGGCAGAGAGGUUGUUUAUUGACAAACAUUAUACGUACAUAAAUUUAUUUCCUCUUGGUUAUUAUCUUAUAUGUCUUCAUGGUUGCUCAUAUCAUGGAUGAAGCACGUAUGUUGUCGGUUUGUAAUUGAUAUUUUUCUAUUGGUUUAUAGAUUUUUAUUAAUGUUGCUCUCAAGCUUAGUUUAAAUUAGAUACACAAAUAAGGUUCGGAUGCAGUCAUGAUUGUCACUAAACCGUCAGUCCCAAGACAGGUCCGGUACAUAAUCCAAUUUUUGAGUGUGUUCCGAGUGGGUUGCUACUAUCAGGCCCGGUUUAGACCAAGGGCAAGAUGGGUAUAAUUUUUAGUGGCCCAACUUUUUUUAAAUAGUAUAUAUAAUUUUAGCCCAAUCCAAAUGCAAAUUGGUCCAUGACCAUUAGCAUCGCAUACGGGAGAAGGCACAACUGCACAAGGCAACAUUGAGUAUUAACAUUCAGCGAACAAAAGCCAGAGACAUCAAGUUCCUCGUUAAAAAAAAAACGUCAACACUCAGCAGAGCAGGUCGACAACAACUUAGCCACAUCAACUCAACUUUCAGCAAUUGCCAAUCAGCAAGACAACAACAACAAGGAUCGACUACACGAUUAUUUUAUCUCCUG